AUGCGCUUUGAUGACAACCGUUGGACCAGAGCCGUGAGCGACUGGGUUCCCCGCGAUAUUAAGCGCACUACAAGAAGACCGCCGACCCGAUGGUCAUGGUUCUUCACGAUGUCCUUGAAAGAAAAAUAUGAUGCUCUUCGUGUCCCACGCGAAAGGAGGAACCACUGGGCUACUCUGGCACGCGAUCGGGACAAAUGGAAGAAUUACUGGCGCCCGCUCGACCAGUUCGAAGAUCAACGGGAGUCAAGGUGA